UUUUUUUUUUUUUUUUUUUUUUUUUUUCUUUGCCGUAAUAUUGUAUAUAGUGACCAGGAUGUUACACCAUUAUAUGACGAUCUGUAUAGUGAUACUAGUGGAACGUGACGGUUGUACUGCAACGUUUGCAUCUCCUUUGUGCAUUUUUAUCAAUUUUCGUCGGAUCGGAAGAUAUAAGACCUCACGGGGUCCGACUAGAAGCAUCAUCAACACAGCUACAAUCACUAGUCUACAAACAGUGAGACCGACAAGAUGAACAUCUUUCUCAUCUUCUUCCUGGGCCUCGCCCUAGCCGUGCCCCACGGCAUGUACGGCCUCAACCCAACCACCAACACAAUCAACCACAUGAACCUGAAACACAGCAUCAUGCACCCCGAAGACGCCAACACCCACCAGCGCCGCGAUCUCGCCCCCAUGGACACCAACGGCCCCCCACACCACGGCGGCGGCCAUCACGGCGGCGGCCCUCCCCAUCACGGAGGCGGUCAUCACGGCGGCGGCCCUCCCCAUCACGGAGGCGGUCAUCAUCGCCCACCACACCACGGUGGCGGGCACCACGGCCCCCCCCACAGCAUCUUCUCAACCACCGCACACCCCUCCGUCUUCUCCAACACAACCAACACCACCACCGGCGGCCACGCCAUAAUUCGCAACUCCUGCGCCUACCCGCUCUACCUCUGGUCCGUCGGCGCCAGCAUCUCCCCACAAUACACCCUCCCGGCCUACCACUCCUACCGCGAGUCCUUCCGCCACGACGCUGUCUCUGGCGGCGUCGCUUUAAAGAUAACGACUGCGCCGAACGGGUUGUUUACCGGCCGUCCGCAGACGAUCUUCGCGUAUAAUUUGAACGUGAAUGCGAGUUCGGUGUGGUAUGAUCUGAGUGAUGUUUUUGGGGACCCGUUUGAGGGAUCUGAGGUUAAGGUUGGUGUUAUGCAGAAGGGUGGGAAGACGAGUGUUGAGGAGGGGUUGAGGUGGGCGGAUGGGGUGCCGCCGAGAGGGAGUCAGGUUAGGGUUGUGGGUGCGAGGGAGGAUUUGAGGGUUGAGUUUUGUUGAUCUUGUUCAUUAUGGAUGAAUGAGGGUGCGGAGAUAAGUCAGUGUCGGUG